UUCUUGUUUGUGUCGAUUAUAUUAUUAUAAAUUAUAGCCCAAGCCCUCAAACUCCCCCACCAACGCGCGCGGCAGCAAACCUACAAUGUUAACUGGAUUCCAGGAUUCAAAUCAAAGCCGAGGCAAUCAACUAAACGAAGAAUACCAACAAAUGUGAAAUUGCUAACGUAAUCGGGCGCAAGAAGAUACAUAACAUUCCACAUUCCAUGCAUCAGCAGCAGCACCAGCGCCACCGAGGGGGCAAUGGUGCAUCAGCCCGCGAAGCAGGCGCAGGAGCAGGAGGAUCAGCAAUGUCACAGUGCGGCCACUGUCACGACCAGCUGCUGCCCCACCAGGAUGAGGCACCGAUUGUGAUGGCCCUCGGGCAGCAGUGGCACUGCGACUGCUUUCGCUGUUCCGUGUGCGACAGCCACCUGCACAACUGGUACUUUGAGCGCGAGGGUCUACUAUACUGUCGCGAGGACUACUACGCGCGAUUUGGGGAUGCCUGCCAGCAGUGCACGGCAGUGAUAACCGGACCCGUUAUGGUCGCUGGCGAGCACAAAUUCCAUCCGGAGUGCUUCUGCUGUACGGCCUGCGGCUCCUUUAUCGGCGAGGGCGAGUCCUAUGCACUGGUGGAACGAUCGAAGCUCUACUGCGGCCACUGUUACGGGAAGAGAUCGUGCCAGCCGAUGCCGGCGGAUGCCAAGGCACGGAUAACGACAGCCGGCAAGCCGAUGCAUUCCAUACGCCUUGUCGAGAUACCCAAGGAUGCCACGCCCGGACUCCGUGUGGAUGGCGUGUCCCUGGACGAUGGCUGUCCCUCCGUUCGGAUUACAGAGAUCGAUGUGAAUCUGACGAAUCUGCAUAUUGGGGACCGCAUCCUGGAGGUGAAUGGAACGCCGGUGAGCGACUCUUCGGUGGAGCAGAUCGACAAGCUGAUCCGGAGCAACGAAAAGAUGCUCCAGCUCACGGUGGAGCAUGAUCCGGUGCAGGUGUGCCGAUCCUGCAGCCAGGCGGAUAUACAGAGAGCCUGCUCCGCCUCCACACUGGUCCUGCCGCUCAGUACAUCGGCCUCCAGCGUAGAGGUGGGCGGGCGAGAGCGAGAGCGUCUCUACAAAUCAUCUGGGACUGGGGCCGAGCAGAGCGCCAAGGCAAGGAAACUGCGCCAGGCCACAAAUGCCACUUCCUCGACAACGAUAACGAAACCAGCAGCAGCCGCGCCAGCAGCAGUGCCAGCAGCAGAGGCCGAAGCAGCAACGGCAACGGCACACAUUACGCAAUUCAAGGAUAAGGAGCGCUGCUCGAGCAUGUCCAAGCUGCUGGAUGACCAGCAUACGGCCCAACAGCACUCGGCCCAUCCGCAGCUGUACGACCUGUCGCGCACGCAGAGCUGCCGCGUCGUGCAGAAGCCGCAGCGCAUUUUCCGUGCCUCGGAUCUGGUCAUAGGCGAGAAGCUGGGCGAGGGUUUCUUCGGGAAGGUGUUCAAGGUGACACACCGCCUCAGCGGCGAAGUGAUGGUCCUCAAGGAGCUGCACCGCGCCGACGAGGAGGCACAGCGCAACUUCAUCAAGGAGGUGGCCGUGCUCCGGCUGCUGGACCACCAGCAUGUGCUCAAGUUUAUCGGCGUACUGUACAAGGACAAGAAGCUGCACAUGGUCACCGAGUACGUGGCCGGGGGGUGCCUCAAGGAGCUCAUACACGACUCCAGCGAGUCCCUCAGCUGGCCGCAGCGCGUCUGCCUUGCACGGGACAUUGCCUGCGGAAUGAGUUACCUCCAUUCGAUGAACAUCAUACACCGGGACCUCAACUCGAUGAACUGCCUGGUGCGCGAGGAUCGUUCUGUGAUUGUGGCCGACUUUGGUCUCGCCCGAAGCGUGGAUGCACCGCGGUUGCCACACGGUGGCCCAUCUGUAACUACUGCUGCUACUGCUGGAGGAGCUGUAACUGGCAGCGAUGCCAUGUCGCCAAGCAGCACUCUGAGGCGAAGCAAGAGCCGACAGCGAAGGCAACGCUACACGGUGGUGGGCAAUCCCUAUUGGAUGGCCCCGGAGAUGAUGAAGGGCCUCAAGUACGACGAGAAGGUGGAUGUAUUCUCCUUUGGCAUAAUGCUCUGUGAGAUCAUUGGACGCGUGGAAGCGGAUCCCGAUUUCAUGCCCAGGAACUCAGACUUCAGCCUCAAUCAGCAGGAGUUCCGCGAGAAGUUCUGCUCUAGCUGUCCGGAGGCCUUUAUCAAGGUGGCGUUCGUCUGCUGCGAUCUCAAUCCGGACAUGCGACCCAGCUUCGAGACUCUGCACGUGUGGCUGGAGCAGCUGCGCCACCAUUUGACCACCGAGCGACUGCCGCCCGUCCGCCUGCUGCACGAGAUCGAGAACUUUCACGAGAACUACCUCAGCUCGGAGGAUGCCCUGUCGCCCACCUCCCAGCGCAGUCUGGACAAUCUCGAUGUGGUCGCUAAGGCGGCCAAGACUCCAGACAUCGAUGCGGACGUAGAGGAUUCUUCGCCCUCGAAUCAGGAGAAGGAAAAAGAGAAUCUGUUGAUCCGUUCGCCGGAGAUACCCAAGUCCCCGCAUCUGGGAAAGGAUUUCUCACCAAGCGGCGAGCGGCUGCGGGACAGCAUGCGUGCCCGUCGUCGGCAGCGCUUCCUGGGCGCCCAGGAGGAGCGGCGCAAUGUCACCCCGGAGACCCAUUCGACGGAGCGGGUCCUCAAGCAGGCCCUGAAGAAGUGCCGGCCCUUCGGGGAGAAGGGCUACCUCGUCGAUCUGCGUCCCGGCGCGGAGCUGCAGUUGCACGACGUGCGCGACCUAAACAACUACUCUGAUGUGGACUCCAGUUGCGACACGAGUCUCAAUUACCACGAGGUGAAUGCUCCCACUCCCACACUGCCAGAGAUCCCGCCCAAGGAGUCAGAAACUGCGGUGCCCCCGCCACAAGCCUCAGCCCCAGAGUCUGGACCUCUCAUGGCCGUCGAUGAUAUGCGGACGCGACUGCACCAGCGCCUCAGCAAGUUCGAACACCUGGAGGAAGCGAGCCAUCGCAAUAAAAGUUCAUCGCAGAACUCCGUGCGCAACUUUUUCAAGACACCGCCGGUGGCCCUGAAGAUGUUCCAGAGGCUGGAGCAUGAGGCGGCCGCCGCCGGCCUCAACGGCAACUGUCCCCCGCCGCCGCCACGCACCCAGCGCAUUAAUCAGACGCCCAUCUUUGGGCGCCGUAAUCCAACGCCAGCGACACAGCAGCAGCUCCAGCAAGCCGAAUCUCUCGAAAAUCUGGCCACGAGCACGACCGGACAUAGCAAGCAGACGCCAACAACGGCACCCAAACGGAGCAAGGCCACUAACAGCAGUAGCGCCGUCGAAGUGCACGGCCUCUCGGCUGAAGCUUCGUCCAGAUCUCCGGCUUUCAUCCUUCCGAAUUUCAGUGGCAACAGUCCUGGAACAGGAACAGCCACUGCUCCUCGGGAUUGCCUGCCCAAGAAACACAAACUGACGCUCCCCCUGGUCCCCAUGGUCCCCCUGCUGGCCCAACGGUCCAACGGCAGCCAGCGCCUGCCUAUGGGCAGCCACAAGACGAAGCCGCCCAAAGGUCCCUUCAGUCGUUCGCAUGCACAGCCGCCACACACGACGCCCCCCAGCCAUAGCAAUGCGUCGCCCACUCGGCCCCGGCCUGGAUCACCCAGCAAGCAUUUGGCCCAGAGGCACACGGCGGCCACGGCCCAGCGCCUGAGCAACGUGGUUCCCGUCCAUCAACAGCCACAUCAGCAACAGCAAUCGUCGAAGACGACCCGCCUGAAUAUCCUCAGUCCGGAGAAGGUGCAUCGUCUGGGGGCACUGCUCAGCGACCAGAAGCAAAAAAUGCGCGAGGAGGCAGCGACAACAGGCGCCGGUGCCGGCGCUGGAGGUGUAGCGCACGCAUUGGCGGCAGUCAGCAAUGGUCAUGGCCGGUCCGGGUCGGCCGGCGCGGCAGGUGCAGGAGCCGCCGCCGUAGAGAGACGCAGGAGGGCACCGCCGCCACCGCCGGUGCGCAACCAUUUCAAUACGCGUUGCUAGCUGUCAUACAGCUGUUAUACUGGGAGAGGAAGGGGGUAAACUGUUAUAGCUAUGAAACUCCGGAAAGCUGUUAUAAACAGUAAGGCGGAGUUUUACACAGUCACAUAUGUACAUGGUCCAACACACAGUAUAACACACAGUAGGCAACUGUUAUACGCACAAGACGAACGAACACCAAACAACACAUUCCAACAAAAAACAAAAUCGACCAUCAAAAUUGAAGAAAAGUAUCGACCAGCGAAAAGCGAAAAGCGAAAAGCGAAAAGAUCGAGAGAGGAAGCUGGGGAUUGCGUCUAACAGUUAUGCUCAAUCAAAACCGUCAACUGUUCUACCACUAUGGAUCCGAAUCAUAACGAAGGUUAAGUGCCUGCGCAAAAGCGAAACAAAUUCAUGUUGCAAUAUUUACAAAUUUAUCGUGUAAUAAAAUCAAUUGUAUAAUGUUA